CAGCUUUCGGUCAGAGAAAAGUUUGUUGGUUCUGAAUAGCUUUGUUAGAUCUGGCGGAGUCUGAAAGCAGGUAAGAAAUACUUACGUACUGGAGAGCCUUGAGUCAAGAAUCUUGUGAUUGUUCAGUUGAGACAACAGAUGAACCUCGGGAUGGUGGCGGCUCGACAGGGAUCGGGCUGGGACCUGGGCAAUGACGUGCAGCGGCCGCCAAGAAAAGGACGGUUUGGUGCCUCAGGCACUAUUGUCUUAUCUGCGAAGCUUAGGUUAGCUUCCGGAGAGAGCUGCCAAGAGCUAUGACCUAAGCUCCCAAAAGUUUCCUUCAACUCCAGGUUCAAGGGGCAUCACCAGAAGUGGGAAUUGCCCAACUUUCACCAUGCCGGUUCCAAGAAUAGCCGGUCUACGGGCUGUAGGAGCGCAGAGACUACUUUCCAUACCACGAAGAAGCCCGCAAACAGCGCUCAAUGGAGCUCGUCAAUCCCUCGGAAUCGACCAGCAAGGCCGUCUAAAGUCGACAACCCCACCACCGGGCGGUGGACAAGGGGCAGGUCAACAACAGGGGCAGGGGAAAGAGGGCGAGCAAGGAGAGGCUCAGAAGGAACAGUUCAAGAAGGGGUUAUGGUCAACAUUCUGGACGCUAUGGAAGAGGGACAUGAAGCGAGGAUGGGAAAUCACCAAAAAGACAUCGCUCAAACAGACAUGGAAGGAAGAGCCAAUUGGUCUGGUCAUCGGCGCCGUUGGUGCGACACUCUCCAUGUGUUUCCUCGCUUUUACCUUUUACCAAUACUUCGCCUACUACAACUCUCCCACGUUCACCGUUUUCCCCGAGGACGUCGCCUUCGCGUUGAGGAAAGCUCUUUACUUUGGUGACUUCAAAAAGGACACCAAGCGCGCGCUGCAUUAUUACAAGCAGGCUAUCGAGCUCUGCCAGGAGCACAAACUCGACCACUUCUCCGACGAGGUGAUGGGCAUCAAGCUCAAGCUCGCCGACUGGCUCGAGAAGAUCGACAACCACCGCAACGCUAUUCACAUUCUCGAGAACCUGCUCUCUGACUGCCAGCGCUGGAUCGUUGCGUUUGAGAAGGCGGAAAAGGAGGAGAUUUUGCCGGGGCAAAAGAACUACAAGCCUCAGCAUGCUAUCAAGGCUGUGGAAGGUGAGACACCGGGUGAGGUCAAGAUGGUUGUUAUCCCACCGCCACCGGUUGAGGAAGAGGGAGGAGCCAAGUCAGAAGGAGAGGCGGCUGCUCAACAACAGCAACAACCACCCCCACCAACCAACCCAGACGGCACACCUAUUCAGCCAAAAGAAACUUUCCGCGGCAAGCGCACACGUCUAUUGAUGAAGUCGAUUGGCAUUGCUGUUAAGCUCGCCUCUCUCUACUCUGAUGACCAUGUUCUAGAGCGGGAAACCGCCCACGAGAAGCUCGUCUGGGCUGUGGAAACCAACCUCAGAGAACUGGCUCGCCGGCAAAAGGAGCCCCUCAAAGAAGGAGAGGGCAAAUGGAUGACACCCGAGGAAAUCGGCGGCACGCUCGAAUCUCUGGCGCACGACUACCAAGCCCAGGCCCAGCAUCACUUGGCCGUGCCUCUUCUCUUCCAAGCACUAAGAAUGUGCGAUCAACCAUGCCAUACAGCCAUGCUUAUGUCCAACAUAUCCACCUCGUUCGCCGAACACCCCCUCCUCCCACCCGGUGACUCCCCCGUUGAUGCUCUGAUGGAGCAAGACGCCUCCAAGAUUUUUGCUACAGCCAAGCAGCAGCGCUCUGCGUACUUAGAGGCGGCGGAGAGAUGGGCGCAGAACGCGAUUGCGCAGGCGAAGAGGACGAUGGGGGAGGAGAGGACUGAGGAGUGCGAUCAGGCUUGUGCUGCGGCGGUGAUCAAUUAUGGGUCUAUUCUUGCGCUGCAGGGGAAGACGGAGGAGGCGAGGAAGAAGUUUGAGCAGGCGAGGGAGAUGAUUGGGAAGAUGGAAGGGGGUGAUAAGGGGGUGUAUGAGAGGGAGGUGGAGGAGGGGUUGAGGAAGUUGAAUGGAGAGGGGGAGGACAAGAAGAAGGCGAAGAAGAAGAUUAUGCCUGGGGGGGUUGUGCCUAGGUAG